CUAUGACAGCGUAAACAACAUGUGCGCUGUUCGAUUUGUGAAAGAGAGCAAGGGCAUGCAAAUCGGCGUUCUCUAUCUGUGUUAAGGAAUGGUUGAAGGUCGUUUUGCUGUUACAUCAGUUUGUACACAGCCCCAGACCCUAGGUCCGCUUAGUGAACGUCUGAGCGAGGAUGGCAGGGUGGGGGCGACGUGCGGCAGGAAAAAUCGACCGUAAUCAGUAUGGUCAGGAUGAGCUGUUAAUGACCUUGGGAGGACAGUUUAAUGUGGACUUUUCAGACUAUGAUCAAUGGACCAGAACUACAAAACCAAAGCCAAAAUCAAAGGUCACAAAGUUGCCUGUGGCUGCGGUUGAUAAACAUUUGCUGACGGUCGGCCAUGGUCAUGGAUUUAAGAGGCCUUGCUCUGCAAACAGGGGUCGAGAAGAUAGGGUUAGGGGAAGAGCAGAAAGGCAAGCUCUGGCUAUGGUAGAGAGGUUGAAAAUUUUAGAGUUAAGAAUUGUCACCCGAAAAAAGACACUGGAAGAGUAUAUCAGGCGACAAAGAACUCUACUUGUUGAUAACAUGAAGUUAAGAAAGGAAAUACAGGAUAGGGAGAAAUCUACAAAUGGAACUGUCAAAGGUCUUUUGAGAAAGUAUGAAAGUUUCAGGAGUGGGAUCUCUAACCUGACCAAUUUAGCCAGCAAGGAAAUACGGGAGGCCAGAGAGAGCCUUGAAAUCACUCAGCACAGUCUAGAGAAAGCUCUGUCAGCUCUUGAGUCUGAGGUGUCAACCUUAGAUAAGUCAGUUCAGGAGAAAAUGAAAACGCUUCAGGUGUUAUCCAGUUAUAAGGACAAGGAAUACCCUGUUAAAGCUAUUGAAAUUGCUGAUUUGAAGAAAGAGUUGGAAGAACUGAAAAUUAACAACCAGGAAGAUGUUGAUGAGUUGGAACACAUUAUAAAGACAGAAAUCGACAAAUAUACCAAAAAACAGAACAAGAGUAUUCAAGAAAUAACCGAACAAGUCACCGAGGAAGCUAUAAACAAUAUGCACCCAAGUCUCAAAAAUAUGGCUGUACAGAAUGCUGUCAUGAAGAAGGAAGUGGAGUUUCACCGACGAGAAAAGGAAGAUUUAGAGAGAGCCACGAUGGAGUUAACAGCUGAAGUAAAUAAACUACUGUUUGAUCCCAGAACGAACUUCAGGCAGCAGAUGUUUCCGGAAUUUUUCCCGACUCGUGAAAAAUGCACACCGGACAUGGACGUUGUUUUGGACAUCCCUGUCCAUCAGUGGUUACCGAUCUGAGAUGUCCACAUCAUGCUGUACAACAUGGGACUAUUGCUGCAUCCUUCAGUGCAUGCUCGAGAGAACACGGCGGUGGAUGAUUAAUAUACCUGAAACAUUGGAACCUGAGUCAGAAUACCCGCGGUCAGCCAAAGGUCCAGAAAGAAGCGAGCUGUUGGAAUGUGACUGUCUACAGCAUCAGAAUCUUUCUGUAACUGUUGUCAGCAGCGAUUAUGGCUUCGCCUCGAAUAUUUGUGUAUAAUAAUUUUGUAUAUGGAUUA